AUGGAAAACUAUUUUAAAAAAAAAGUAAAGGAUGUUUUUGCAAUUUUGAAUAAAGAUAAUAUUAAAGAAAAAAAAUUAAAUUUAAUAGAGAAUAAUAAACUUAAUAAAUAUACGAAAGAAAAGGAUAAAGAUGUGUUAAAUUGUUUCCAUAAUGAUAACAAAAAAGUAAAUGAAGAUUCAAAUAGUUAUAAACAGAUUAUUAUAAAAAAUGAUGAUAAAUGUUUAGAUCAGAAUAAUGAUAAAAAUUCUAAUAAAAAAAGAAAAUUAAUAAAAUUACACAAUAAAGAAAAUGUUUAUUUAAUUGAUAAUUACAUUAAAAUUAAAAAGAAUUGUGAUAUGAAUUAUGCAAACAAAAAACAUUUAAAGAAAGAUAGUAAUACCUUAAAUAUAAAUUCUUCAAAUACUCCCAACAUAUGUGAUUUCAUAUCAAAUAGUAAAGAGCAGAAAGAAAAAAAAAACAAAACAUUAGAUGAUUACAUGCUUAAUGGCAAAGAAAAAAACUUAAAUAUAUUUGAAAAAAAAUCAAAUAACGAAUUUAAUAAAAAAUACGGGCCAACAGAAAGUAUAAAAAAGGGAAAAAGAUAUAAUUUAAUUGAUGCAAAAAAAAAUAAUAUGAGCGAAAAAAUAAAGAAUAAUACUAAUGAUUAUGAGGAAUAUAAAGAAGAUGAAAAAGACUCCACUGCAAAAGUAGAUAGUAACACAAGAAAGAAAUUAAAAGGAAUGAGUGAAAAAAAGAAAUCAAAAAAACAAAAAAUGAAUAAUAAAAUAAUUAAUGAUAAAGAUAAUUUAAAUAUUUUAAAAAACAAUGAAAAUGAUAGAAAGGUAAAUAGAAUUGAUGAAAUUUUUAAAAGUUUAAUAGAGAAAAAUGAAAAAAAAGAAAAGAGAUAUGAUAAUUUCAAUAAAAGCAUAAAUACAUCUAUUGAAAAAGAUAGUAGUGAUGAAAAUAAGAAAGAUCAAAUUGAUAAUAAUGAUGAAAGAAGUGAAAACAAUAUUAUAGGAAAAUAUGAUAAAGAACAGGAGCACAAUGAGAAAUUUAAUAGUAACUUAAGUAAAAAUAAAUUAAAUAAAAAUCAAAAAACAUUUGAUCAUACUGUAAACAAAUAUAUUGUUAAACAUAAUAAUAAAAUUAAAGGAAAUGAACUUUUUGAUAAUAAUAUUUAUAAAAUUUCAGAUGAAAAAAUCAACGAAAAUGAUAGUUGCAACCAUAAAUCACAUAAAUCAAACAAAGAAAACAAUACUUUAAAUAAAAGCAUUAGAAAUGAACAAAAUCAACAUAAACUUGAGUAUAUAAAGAAUGGUGCAAGCAACAAAGAAGAUAUAACUUCAAGUGAAGAAUUAUUGGAUAUUAAAGAGGAUAAAAAUAAUGAAGAAACAAAUUUAAAUAAUGAUAAUAAUUAUAAUGGUUAUGAAAUCCAUGAUAGUGAUAAUAAUAAAAUCAAAAGUAACGAUAAUCAUGAUAAUAGUAAUAAUAAAAUAAUGAAGAAUGAUUUAGAUGAAAUACACAAAUAUUCACCAAAUAAGCACAAUUCGAAUUCAAAUUCACACAACUAUAUAAAAAGUCCAAUUAAAAAUAAUAUUAAAGUAAAAGAAUCCAAUAACAAAAACGAUGUAUCAAUUAAUGCAAACCAUGUCGAAGAGGAAAAUGAUAUGAAAAAUUUAAAUUUUGAAAAUAGUAUUAAAAAAAAUAGAAAUUAUGAUAGUGAAACAAAUAAAAGUGUAAAAAAAAACGACAAAAUGACUAAUGAGAUUGAAAUGAGUGAUAUUAAAAAUGAAAAUUAUAUGAAUGAUUUGAGAUUAAAACUCCCUGAUUUUGCAAUUGAUCAAAGAAAAAAAUUAAUUAAUGAAACAAACGAGUUUUUUAAAAGGUAUAAUUUGAAUCUUAAAAUAGAGCAUUUGCCUAUUAAUAUUCCUAAUGAUUUAAAGCUACUUAUUCAAAAAAAAAAAAAAAUUGUAAAUAUAAUUAAUGACUACAAAAAUGAAAUAAAGUUAAAAAAGGAAAACUCAAAAAAAGAAGAAAAAAAUAUCAAAUUAAACAAUAAAAAUGAAAAUGGAAUACCAAAAGAAGAGAUUGUAGAUGAAGAACAAACAAAAUCUUUUAAUGCAAAAAUUGAAACAGAUAUAAAUAAAAAUGAAAAUAAAAAUGAUAUUGAGGGAAUAAACAUAUUAGAAAACUACAGUAAUACAGUAAAUGAUAUUAACUUAAAUUAUUAUAAAAGCAAUGAUAUUAAAAGUGAUAAUAUAAGUGAAAUAGAUAAAAAAAGAGAUUAUGAUAUAAAUAACUGUGAGACAGUUAUUGAUGAGAACGAAUUAUCAUUCAUUUCAGAGGAAAAGAGUAAUUUUAUAAAUAAUGAGAUAAAUUACUUACAUGAUAAUUUUGAAGGGGAAAAUGAAAAAAAAAAUGAUAAAAAUCCAUUAAAAAGAAAAAGAAAAAUUGAAAAAAAAUAUGAAAAAAACAAGUGCUACGACAAUUUAAAUUACUUAAGUGAUAGCACUAAGGAUGUUUUAGAAAAAGAACAUAAAAAAUUUUUGAAUUUAUUUGAAAAAAUGAAUCAGAAUGAAAAUAACGAAGAUCUUAAAACCGAAGACAUUAGUGAAAAUAAAUGUAAUGAUAACAAGGAUGAAAUAAAUGAUAAAGGAGAAAAUUAUAUUAUAAAUAAUAACACUAAUGAUAAAGUGAAAAACUACACAAAUGACAAUGUAGAUAAUAAUACUAAGAAUCAAAAAAAAAAUUCUAAGAGCACGUUCAUACAUAAUCUUAUAAAUGAUUUAACAGCAAAUAAUAAUGAAGAAGAAAAUUAUAUAAAAUACAAAAAAAUAAAAAAUGAAGAAUUAAGAUAUAAAAAAUUAAAAGAGGUAAUAACAGAAAUUAAAAUAAAAGAAAAGAAAAUUGAUGUAAUUUUAAGUAGUAGUUUAAAUUUUUUUAAAUAUUCAAAUAUAUAUAGGCAUCGUCAUUUUUUACAUGAAAAAAUGUUAAUUAAUUGGAGCUAUGUAGAAAAUUUAAUUAAUAAAAAAAAUGAUAUUAGAAAUAGAAAUUUACCUUUUCAGUUAUUGGAAUUAGACAAAAGACUAUUAGAAAAUAUACAAAAUAGUUAUGAUGAUAUAUUAUUAGAUGAUUUUUCAGGAAUUAUAAUUACUUUAAAUACUAAUUCAUUUGCUACAGCUGUUGAUGGUAAUUCAAUUCAUAUAUCAAAAAUAAUAUGUGGCUGCUUAAUCGAAUAUUUAAAUACAUCUGAACUGAACAUAAAAUCGAUUUGGGCUCAUCCAUUUUUAAGUGCAAAAUCAACUUACUAUAUUUUAUGUGCAUUUUUGCCAAGAGUUAUUUUAGAAGCAUUUUUAAAUAAUAAUAUAUGCUCUGAAAAUAAAAUUGUAUACAAUGAAUUAAUGAAUCCAUCUAACCAUAAGGAACAUGUAAUUCAAAAAAAUGUAAUUAAUGAAAUUAAGGAAAUAGAUAAGCAAAAGAAAAAGAAAAAAAUUAGUUUCUAUGAUAAACUAGAUCAAAUUCAGGAUUAUAAUAAAAAUCCAGAAGAUGAUUAUUUUAGUAAUUUUGCAGCAUAUCAAUAUCCUUCUACUUUUUUUUUAAAUUUCAACAAAAAAUGCGCUUCAUUGUUAAACAGUUCUUCCAAUGACGUUAGUAAUAUCCAUGAUGAUACCAAUAAAAUUACUAAUGAUAUUAAAGAGAUUAAUGGUGAUAACAUAUAUAGAAAUAGUAAAAAAAAUAAUGAAGUAAAUGAAAAUAAAGAUAAUAAUAAAAACUCUUAUAAGUUUUUAUAUAUAAUUUUUAGUGAUAUUGACAUAUUUCCAAGACAGUGCUAUUUAUUACUAUGUUCAUAUAAAUAUAUGUGUUUAAACAUGCAUUAUGAUACGGAUAAUUAUUUUAUUCAUUAUGAUAUAAAUUUAAAAAAUAUUCAAAAAGAAAAUAUAGGAAAAACUACUGAGUUAUCCAAUAAUUGUCCAUGCACUUCUAUCAAAAAUUGUGAAUCCAUUUUGGAGGAAUCUUGUGAGCGCAUUAUAGGUUGUAGUGAAUUAUAUAUGUAUUACAUGAUUCCUAAGAAAGAAGAAAGAGAAAGUUUGGGAUUACUAAAAAGAAGAGGUUGGAGGGACUUAAUUUCAAAUACAUUUUAUGAGGAUAUAAAAGAAAAUAUUUCUAGUAUAAUAAAAAUUAGAACUAAUAUAAAUAAUUUAUAUGAUCACAUUUCUAUGCAAAAUAAAAUAUAUGAAAAACAUUAUACAUCAAGUUAUAUAAAUAAAUAUGAAUGGUGUGGAUUAAAAUUAAAAGACAUACGUAAUAUGAUUAACGAAGAUUUCAAUUUUGAAUCACCAAAAAAAAAAUAA